AUGACGGAUUUAAGCGAAUGCACUAUCUGCUAUCAAACGGCAAAUAGAGAUUUUCGUAAAAUAACUUCAAAGUGUACUCAUCAAGCCGUUGUUUGUACGGAAUGUGUUAUUAAACACGUUCAAAUACAACUUGAUGAAAAACAAGAGUUGAAAAUUCCUUGUCCUACAAGGGAAUGUGAAAAAAUAAUGGAAAGGUACGAUGUUAAAAAUAUCGUAACAGAAGAACUCUUUAAAAGAUAUGACACACUAGCUUUCAAAACCGCAAUCCAAAAUAUCCCAGAAUUUAGAUGGUGCAAAGAUCCUUGCGGUGCUGGACAAAUCCAUAUAGGAGAAGGCAAAGCGCCAAUUGUCAAAUGUGAAAAUUGUGGAUCAGAGUCAUGUUACAUCCAUAAAGUUGCUUGGCACACGGGUAAAACUUGCAGAGAGUACGACGAGGGCAUGAGACAAUCGGACCUUGCUACUGAAAACUAUAUUUCACAAAAUGCGAAGAAAUGUCCUGGAUGUACCGCACCUAUUACAAAAGAUGGUGGAUGCGAUCAUAUGACUUGUAAAUGCUUGUAUCAAUUUUGUUGGUUGUAA